CGGUUGAACCUUGACGAAGAACCUUGACAACUGGUUACCCACCUGACGCCAGAGAAGUGGCAUUUGCCUUUCAAUGGGGUUUUGAUUCCCCAUCUUGUCCUAUCAUUCGUUAAUUGAACGCCGGUCGGUAUUGAAGGCAACAUGGCGAGCGAUGCCGGUGCUGGGUUUGACCUCAGCCAACUAUCCUCAAGCCAACAGGAAGCCCUACAGCAGUAUACCGAUGUUACAAGCCAAGAGAUAAAAGAUGCGGUACCUCUUCUGGAGAGGUCGCAAUGGAAUGUUCAGAUAGCCAUUGCCAAGUUCUUCGACGGCGAGGGCCCUGAUCCAGUUGCCGAAGCUAUGGCUGCCCAGAAUGCAGUUCCUCAAACUGCUGCAAGGCACGAGAACCUGCACGAAAGCCUCCUCGACUCCGCCCACACCCCGCGGGCUGCUCGGAGACAGGGAACAGAGCUUGCCCCAAGAGUCGUACCGCAGCCUCCUACAAUAUAUCGACCGCCCUUCCUGGUCAACCUGUUGUUCGCUCCAUUUCAAAUGGGCUAUAGGGUUGUGGCAACCUUGUUCCGCUCCGUCUUUUACAUCCUCUCCUUCCUUCCCCGAGCGAUCCGGCCACGAACAGUCACGAGAACAAUGCAGAAAGGGUGGAAGAACACAAAUGGCCGGAGGAUGCUGAUGCCAAGGGACAGUGCGGCGAGAUUCAAGCGCGAAUUUGAGGAUGAGUACGGUGAACACAAUUUGCCCUUCUUCGACGGGGGACAUGCCCAGGCCAUCGAUGCUGCGAAGAAGGACCUCAAAUUCCUUCUUCUUAUAUUGAUGUCCCCAGAGCACGAUGACACGGAAUCUUUCACAAGGGAGACGCUACUCUCCCCAGAAGUAGUGGAUUUCGUCAAUGACCCGGCGAACAAUAUCAUCCUGUGGGGUGGGAAUGUCUUGGAUUCCGAGGCCUACCAGGUCUCACUCGAGUACAGCUGCACCAAGUUCCCCUUCUCAGUCCUCAUUUGUGCAACGCCAAAGGAAGGAAGCACGCGCAUGGGCAUCAUCAAGCGACUGGCUGGGCCCAUGAGCCCCUCAACCUACCUGGCCGGCAUCCAGGCAGCAAUGGAGAAAUACGCUCCUGAUCUGGAGGGUGCGCGUUCCGAGCGUGCGGCGCAGCAGCUGGCACGGAACCUGCGCACCGAACAGGAUUCGGCGUACGAAAGAUCCCUAGCGCGGGAUCGAGAACGGGCAAGACUAAAGCGGGAAGCCGAGGCUGCCGCUGCCGCUGCGGAGAGAAAGGCGCAGGAGGAGACAGAGGCGGCGGAGCGCCUGGAGCGGGAUCGUCAGCAGUGGCGCAGAUGGCGCGCAACGACCAUUAAGCCCGAGCCAGACGCUGCAGCCAAGGAUGCCGUGAGGUUGGCACUCAACAUGCCGGAAUCAUCCGGCGCCGGGCGGGUGAUCCGCAAAUUCGGCAAGGAGGCGACAUUUGAGGAGCUCUACGCAUUUGUCGAGUGCUACGAUCUCCUCCAGGGGCCAUCCGACGAGGAGAAGGCGACUAAGCCGGACGACUACGAGCACAAAUAUGCCUUCCGCAUCGCCUCGGUCAUGCCCCGGGAAACGUUUGAGCCGAGUAAGGACGUGACCAUCGCGGAGAAGAUGGGCAGAGGAGGAAACCUUAUUGUUGAGGAAACCGGCCACGCAUCUGACGAUGAGGAAGAAUAGUGUCUUGGGCUCGGUGAUGCACGCAUCGACUUGGACGGCGGCCACGGGAAUGAAUAACCCGGUGGGCAUGGCGAGCAUGCCCAACCUUAAAGCCAUGAAUUCAUAUAUAUACGACCCGGGUCUGAUUGGGUUGCCUUAUCCUACCACCUGAUAGACGUCCCAAGACAGGGCCGUGUCAUGUACCAUCCA